AGGAAGGAAAGAAAGAAAAGAAGGGGGGAAAGGGGGAGAAGGGAAGAGAAAAUGAGACAGAAACAGAGAAACGGACGAAGAGAGUCAACACUAGGGGGCGGUCAAAGCUCAUUGCAACGGAAACCUUUUGAGCCUCGUCGCGCCGUUUUGCCAUCGCUUCCGCUUCCGCCUCCCCUGCGCCGUGUCCAUCUGCGCCUGCCCAGCGUACCCCUAGAGCUAUCGCGUCCCGCAACUGGGAGCGUUUGAGCGCUUACUUAGGAGGCUGAGGAAGUAAGGUCCGAGCCGGGGUCAGGAGCCAUCAUGAGCCGUAGCUACAAUGACGAGCUGCAGUACCUGGACAAGAUCCACAAGAACUGCUGGAGGAUCAAGAAGGGCUUCGUGCCUAACAUGCAGGUGGAAGGAGUGUUCUAUGUAAAUGAUCCACUUGAGAAAUUAAUGUUUGAGGAGUUAAGAAAUGCCUGCCGAGGUGGGGGUGUCGGUGGCUUCCUGCCAGCAAUGAAACAGAUUGGCAAUGUGGCAGCCCUACCUGGGAUUGUUCAUAGAUCUAUUGGGCUUCCUGAUGUCCAUUCUGGUUAUGGAUUCGCAAUUGGGAACAUGGCUGCUUUUGAUAUGAGUGACCCAGAAGCUGUGGUGUCACCAGGUGGUGUCGGAUUUGAUAUCAACUGUGGUGUCCGAUUGCUGAGAACCAACCUUGAUGAAAGUGAUGUCCAGCCUGUGAAGGAACAACUAGCCCAGGCCAUGUUUGACCACAUUCCUGUUGGGGUGGGAUCAAAAGGCGUUAUCCCAAUGAAUGCCAAGGACUUGGAGGAGGCUCUGGAGAUGGGGGUGGACUGGUCUCUACGAGAAGGGUAUGCCUGGGCUGAGGAUAAGGAGCAUUGUGAGGAAUAUGGGCGUAUGCUGCAAGCUGACCCCAAUAAGGUCUCAGCCAGGGCUAAAAAGAGAGGCCUUCCUCAGCUUGGGACCCUGGGAGCAGGAAAUCAUUAUGCUGAAAUCCAAGUUGUGGAUGAUAUUUAUAAUGAGUACGCUGCCAAGAAGAUGGGCAUUGACCACAAGGGACAGGUGUGUGUGAUGAUCCACAGUGGCAGCAGAGGCCUGGGCCAUCAAGUAGCUACAGAUGCACUGGUAGCGAUGGAAAAAGCUAUGAAGAGAGACAAGAUUAUUGUCAAUGACCGUCAGUUAGCAUGCGCGAGGAUCAGCUCCCCAGAGGGGCAGGAUUACCUAAAGGGGAUGGCUGCUGCCGGAAACUACGCCUGGGUCAACCGGUCCUCCAUGACAUUCUUGACCCGACAGGCUUUUGCCAAGGUUUUCAACACAACUCCUGAUGACCUGGACCUCCACGUGAUCUAUGACGUCUCCCACAACAUCGCCAAGGUGGAACAGCAUGUGGUGGAUGGGAAAGAGCGGACAUUGUUGGUGCACAGGAAGGGCUCCACCCGGGCCUUCCCCCCACACCAUCCCCUCAUUGCUGUGGAUUACCAGCUCACUGGACAGCCAGUCCUCAUUGGGGGAACCAUGGGAACCUGUAGCUAUGUCCUUACUGGGACUGAGCAGGGCAUGACUGAGACCUUUGGAACAACCUGCCAUGGAGCAGGUCGUGCAUUGUCCCGAGCAAAAUCUCGACGUAACUUAGACUUCCAGGAUGUUCUAGAUAAAUUGGCUGACAUGGGCAUCGCCAUCAGGGUUGCUUCCCCUAAAUUGGUGAUGGAGGAGGCUCCAGAAUCCUAUAAAAACGUGACAGAUGUGGUGAAUACUUGCCAUGAUGCUGGAAUCAGCAAGAAGGCCAUCAAACUCAGACCAAUUGCAGUUAUCAAAGGCUAACAUCCCACCCGGACUCACCUGAGACCACUGACAUGACCAGACCUGACCUAGACAUGGAUUGAUGUGCUCUGCAGAUGCCAAAUUAUUGACCUACCAAAUUCUGAAUGUGCCUGGCACAUUGCCCAUUCCAGACUGACAGGGCAGGGGGCUCCCUGAACUAUCCAGCAGGGUAAAGAAACACUAUUAGAUAAGGGGCCACACUAUUCUCACCCAAAGAGGGAUAAAUGAAUGUGCUUGGCCUCUCUGGUCCAGCAGCUCUCUAGAAAAUUGUUCUUUGGGGAAUCAGCCCUACUCAGGCAGCAGUCACUAACUAUACCUGGCCUCGUCCCACCAUCAGGGUGGGCAUCAGGACCUUCUAGAAGUUCCAUAGGGGGUUAUGGGAAUCCCUGGCUUCAUCCUUAGAGAGUAGCUCUACCGAAGAAUGACUUGAUUUUGGGAGGGGGAGGGAGGGUUGUUAGGAAGUAAAGGGGAGAGAAGGAGUGGUGGGAGGGAAAGGCGAGCUGUUUUACUGUAGCGGGGCUUCCUUUCUAUUUCUAAACAUAAGGCAAAGUUUUGGGCUGCCUGCUGAUCUGAGACCUCUUGCAAAUGAUCAGGGGCAUUCCUUAGGCCUGGGUCUGUAUGUGUGUCAGUGAGUUCUCAAGGGAUACUGGGUGCAGGUACCUCACACGGCUCAGUGGAUAUCUUUGUGAUUGUGUGCCUUGGGCACGUGGAGUCGUUGGCCUCUGUGGUUAAGCUGAUUGCACACAUUGAGCCAGGUAGCUGUGAGGUGAAAGUUUGACAGCUGUAACUAGACCUGGCCUGCCUCAGUCUGACCUUGUUAGUGCUGUGACCUCUUUGAGAUGUCAUGGGCCAUGAGUGGCACUGGGGCCUUCGUGUAUCUGAACAGCCAGGAAAGGUGGCAAUGCCAUGAAAUUACUGUAGGUUAUUUAUACUUCAUAACAGAAUUGUAGGAGAAUUUGCUUAUAAAGAAAACGAGUUUUUCCUAAGAUUGCCAUUUUUCCUGGCCUUUAUUUCUGCUUCCAGAAGCCAGGCUUAAUAGAAAUAGACUUCCAAAGCUCAUCCCCUUUUCCACCAAAAUCUCAUUGGGGUGCUUUUUCCACGUUCUGUUCUCUGCACUGGGGUCAGGGAUGUGCAGUGGAGCAUGCCUCUGCAAGCUGGACCAUGUUUAGGAAGGAGUGAUUCUCUAUGCCAGUCCUUGGAGAAUAUCCCAGGAAAGAGGCCUUUGCGAUUGAUUAGCCACAGUGUAAUCAUUUUAGCUUACGCAUGCCUCUGACCCAGACACACUCCCCUGAGCAAGGAAGGCAUAGAGGAGCAGAUCCGCCAGCAAACACUGGAGGGCACUUCACAACGAGAAGCACAAUCCGAUGUGGCCAGAAUCUCCAGCUUCCAUCUCGGGGCUCGCCUGGCAACUCAUGUUUUUGAAUCUCAUUCAAAGCAAGAAUCUUUCCUGUAGCUAACUGACGUCAGUUCAGGGAAUGAUGGCUUAGCUCAUCUUAAUGAUAGAAAAUUAACUUUUAUUAGACUUUCUGAAAUUUGUUUCUUUUGUGGUUUGUAGACAAGCCAUUUUUCAACCCAGUGGAGGAAUUGUUCUCCCCUCCCUGCACUUCUGUCUUACUUGGGCCGUGUUUAGGUUAUUUGUUAAUAGCUGAGUUUGUAAGAGAAAAGGCACUAACUUUAGAGUUCACUUGUUCUAUACCGUUUUUCUUUUCCCAUUCAAAAAAUACAUGACUUCAAAAUAAAUUACUUGAAAAAGAAA